AUGAAAUUGUUUCCAACUUCCAUUGUGCUUGGGGGUUUGCUGCUUAGGGUUGUGCAUGGCAUAUCCGUCCAGGAGAACUAUACGAUAUGCAACUGGGCUCGGUUAAGGGCUGGCGUCAUCCGUGAUGCUCUCUACCUUGACGGUGGUCUGCUGUGGUGGCAGACGGCUUUUGCAGAUGGAACGGCGCCUGUCGUGAGCAGUGAUGGCAACGUCGAAGGGGACAUGUUCGUCUUGAACUUCUCGACGCCGUUUGACACCACCAAAACGAAUGUGUCGGGCUUGUUUGAUCGGAUGUCCAAGGCAGGUGGCGCAGGAAACAACAUUGCGCCAAACUAUGUCGAUGGCACCAUGUUCACUAAUGAUGGGGAGUUGUAUCUCUACGGUGGUCUCCCUCGUCUCACAGAUUCUGUGUCCCCCCAAAGCGCCGAAACCGUCCUGGGAUAUGAAGCCUACCAGUAUGGCCCGGACAGAACCAGCUGGAGCCCUGGCUUCUACCAAGGGAGUCUGCCGGACGGCGUCACGAGAUACAUCACAAAUGGCGCGGGGGUGUCUGCGCCCAGUGAAAACCUGGGGUUCUACUUCAGCGGCAUGCGGUCGCCGACCUGGGGCCCAAUAUACUACGAGGACUCGUCUGCCAAUGUGACAGCAAACACGUUGAUCGAGGUUGAUAUGUCGGUCAUGCGUAGCGAGAAAUGGACCAACACAACGCUCCCGGACAACAUCCAGCCGCGCGCCAACGCCGAACUGGUAUGGAUCCCCGUCUCCGACAACGGCGUCCUGGUCGCGAUUGGCGGCGUCACGGCGCCCGAGGAGAUCUGGGCGACCGGCUUGAACGGCUCACAGACUUCUCAGAGUGAAGCGCAGAGUCCUGGGUUCAUGACGACCCUGCCGGUCUACGACAUCGCUUCGAGCACAUGGUAUCUGCAAAACACCACCGGGCAAGCCCCGGGCCAGCUCACAGAGUUCUGCUCCGUCGUCGCAACAGCCAAGGAUUCGUCGUCAUUCAACGUCUACAUCUACGGUGGCUACGACGGAUUGAACGCAGACGAUGAGCCUUCGGACGACGUCUGGAUUCUGUCGAUCCCGUCCUUCCAGUGGAUCAAGGCGUACAGCGGGAACCAGGCUCACGGCCGCUCGGGCCAUCGUUGUGUCACUCCCUAUCCUGACCAAAUGUUUGUCAUUGGAGGAGUGCAUCAGAACCAGGCCGAGUGUGUAGAGGGAGGCAUCAUCCAGAUCUUCAACCUCAACAAUCUCGAGUUCCAGAACACCUACGAUCCCUCGACCUGGUCAGACUAUCAGGUGCCCGCCGCCGUCACCAAAGCCAUCGGCGGCAACGGUCAGGGAGGCUCAACGAAAACGGCAGCCUGGUCAGACGGCGCGCUAGCUGGAAUCUUUGCGAAAUCGUACUCGAGACAGAUCACGCACUACUACCCGUACCCGGUCAACGGCUCCUCGACGGGCUCGUCGGACGGUGGACACUCGGGAGUCAGCAAAGGCGCCAUCAUCGGCAUCAGUGUCGCCGCCGCCGUCAUGUUCAUCCUCCUCCUCAUCCUUCUUUUCCUCCUGAUCCGGCGCCGUCGGAUCAUCAACAGCGGCUCUUCAGAGAAAUCCUCGCACUCCAGCAACAGCCGGAUCACGCGAUGGCUGAACGGGGCUUCAUGCGCCGGGGGGAGUCCGAAACGGCCCUCACCACACCAUCAAUCCUCGCAAAGCUCGCCGCCAGAGGUGCAGCAGGUUGGGUACACUUCGCUGUCUGAGGAACCGACCCCGCCCCUGCAACCGGAGCGUCACGAGAUGGCCAACAAUACCGAACGUCCAAAACCACCUUACGAACUGGCCACGCCGUACAACAAUCUCGGCCAUCCGCGGCACUCGGGCAUCGUCGACUACGCGUACAACGCCAAUUUCGGCCACACGCACUCACAGUCGGCUUCCUCCGAGGAGGUUUACCGCCCGUCUCCGUUGAGCAACAGCGUCAAUGGCAAUGGCAAUGGCACAGGCCCCACAAACGGCAACAACAACGGCAACGCUGCUGCCGCCGCCGCCGCCGGUGCCGGCGCUGGGGCUGCAGCAUCUCGGCUCCGUCGAUCGCGCUUAGGCGCCGCGUCCGAGAUAUCCAGCCCCAGCGCCGAGAACUCAAGCUCGUCAAACUACUCGUCGACGGGCACCAACGAGACGCUCGCGUGGCCGUUCCCAGCCACCCAGAACAACUGGCGCGGCAACAACAACACCCGGUCGCGCAACACCAACGCGACGCGAUUCCCCUUCGACAGGGAGCGCAGCAGCGAGAGCAGUUCCGUGCAGCCCAUCAUCGAGGAGCAGGAAGAACCGGGGUCGCGCCGGCAGAGCGGCGUCGGCGGCGGCGGCGGCGUCGCCCACGAAUUGCCUGCUGACAAUGACCCGUCACGCUGGUCCCAGUAUCAGCACGGCAACGAGAGCGCGAGCAGCGGGAUCGGAACCCUGCCCAGUCCCACGCGCCCAGGCGAGUCCAUGCCCCAGGACGAGGAGCACAGGAGGAGUCUGUUCAGCACAAUCAGUCCUGUCAGUCCGACCGUGGGGAGAAAUUGGAGGCAUUGA